CACCCAUGAAUAAGCAGAAAUUAUGUUUUGCUGAGUGUCACACUGAAGGCAACACUGACCUGAAUUUAAAUCGCAAGGCUCCAUAUCUACCAGCAGUUAUGGUCCUUUCAAUGUUAUUUACCUGCUGCUAGAUGCUGUUGGCAACAUUGUCGAGGUAAAUAUUAUUUAUUUGGUUUUAUAUUUCCAUUGCCUGCCUGCACUGGCUGUCAGGAGAGGGGGCGGAUAUCAGCAUCUCGCAGCCUCCGCCCGCCUCUGUGGCACUGUCCAGAGACACGGAGACACGGUGGUUGGAGCCGCAGACCGACAGGGGAACAGACCAGAGACACACAGAGAGAAAGGGGCGAUGGCCGCCGAUGGAGGAUGCGGGGAAUCGGUGGAUCAGUACCGGGCCGAGUUGGAGCGGCUUACCCAGGAGCUGGCCGAGGCGAACCGAGAGAAGAUCCGGGCUGCAGAGUGCGGUCUGGUCGUCCUGGAGGAGAACCAGGCGCUGAAGCAGAAGUAUUUAGACCUGGAGACCGAGCAAGAGACACUCAGGAAGGAACUGGAACAAUUACAGGAGGCGUUCGGCCAGGCUUACACCAACCAGCGUAAGGUGGCAGAGGACGGGGAGACCAAUGAGGAGACGUUGCUGCAGGAGUCAGCCUCCAAGGAGGCCUACUACAUGGGCCGUCUGUUGGAGCUGCAGACGGAUGUGACGCUAAGCCGUUCUGUGGCUUCCAACGCCCAGGCUGAAAACGAGAGGCUCAACACGGUUGUGCAGGAGCUGCGAGAGAAUAACGAGAUGCUGGAGCUACAGAGGAGCAGGAUGAGGGAAGAGAUUAAAGAGUACAAGUUCAGAGAGACCAGGCUGCUCCAGGAUUACACGGAGCUGGAGGAGGAGAACAUCACGCUGCAGAAACUGGUGUCGACGCUCAAGCAGAGCCAGGUGGAGUAUGAGGGACUGAAGCAUGAAAUUAAGGUACUCGAGGAGGAGACGGUUCUUCUCAACAGUCAGCUGGAAGAUGCAUUACGUCUGAAGGAAAUUUCUGAGGGUCAGCUGGAGGAGGCCCUGGAUGCCCUCAAGAGUGAGCGAGAGCAGAAGAACACUCUGAGGAAGGAGCUGGCCCACCAUAUCAGCCUGAGUGACAGCGUCUACGGAGCAGGGGCCCAUCUGGCGCUCACCGUCACUGGCGUUGAGGGCCUCAAGUUCCCUGAGGAGACCAACGGAACAAAUGGCACAAAUGGCAGCGCCAUACCUGCUGCUAAUGGCAACAAUGAGGACAGCAACCGCCGCAACGGCCACCUUCACGCUGGCACCGGAUUGGCUAAGAUGAAUGGGGACUACCGACCAGGGUGGAAAGGAGAGGGCCUGCACCCUGUGCCGGACCUGUUCAGUGAGCUCAACCUGUCGGAGAUGCAGAAACUCAAACAGCAGCUGCUACAGGUGGAGCGUGAGAAGGCCGCGCUGCUCAUGAACCUGCAGGAGUCACAGACCCAGCUCCAGCACACACAGGGGGCCCUGACCGAGCAGAAUGAGCGGGUCCAUCGCCUCACGGAACACGUUAAUGCCAUGAAAUGUCUCAAUGGAGACAAAGAGCUUGAUGACCCACAGGAGAGUGAGAAACCCAACGGUGGCUCCUUAUCACCCCCAGCCAAUGGCCACUAUGAUCCCGACAUCCAUGGGUUCGAGAUCCUGGAGUGUAAGUACAAGGUGGCGGUGACGGAGGUGAUCGACCUAAAAGCGGAGCUCAAGGCGCUGAAGGAGAAGUACAACCAGGCUGUGGAGGGGCAGGGUGACAGCCACAGUGACGACAGGGUCCAGGCAUUGAGUGAACAGGUAACUCAUUUGGAGCGUAGUUGUCGUGAGAGCCGGGAGAGGGUGGCGAGCCUGGAGGCAGAGCUUCGAGCAGCCGCGAGCACAGCCACAGAGAGCCAGGGCAUGCUGAAUGCAGCACAGGAUGAGCUGGUAACCUUCAGUGAGGAACUGGCACAGCUCUACCACCACGUCUGUCUUUGCAACAAUGAGACACCCAACCGCGUAAUGCUUGACUACUACCGCCAGAGCCGCGUCACACGCAGUGGCAGCCUUAAAGGCUCAGAAGACCCUCGGGCUUUGCUCUCACCUCGCCUGGCACGACGCCUCGCUGCAGCGUCUGCAGCCUGCUCCUCCGAAUCCCUACGCAGUCCUUUGGACUCCCCAUCCAAAGACGCCCAUCACAGUGAGACAACAACCAACACUGGGGACUCUCCAUCCUGUCACAGCAGCCCCACCCGCAACCCCACGGGCUCCCAUGUCAUCAGCAUCUCUCCUUGCCCAUCUCCAGUGCCCUCAGAGGCAGGUGGGGACCUGCGGAAGGAGCCCAUGAAUAUCUACAACCUGAACGCCAUCAUCAGAGACCAGAUCAAACACCUCCAGAGAGCAGUCGACCGCUCACUGCAGCUGUCCAGACAGAGAGCUGCAGCCAGGGAGCUGGCACCUAUGCUUGACAAGGAUAAGGAGUUGUGCAUGGAGGAGAUACUCAAACUAAAGUCCUUGCUCAGUACCAAGAGAGAGCAGAUAGCCACACUCAGGCUGGUGCUGAAGGCCAAUAAACAGACAGCAGAGGUUGCACUGGCAAAUUUGAAGAGCAAGUAUGAGAAUGAAAAGUCAAUGGUGACAGAGACCAUGAUGAAACUGAGGAACGAGCUGAAGGCUCUGAAAGAAGAUGCCGCCACCUUCUCGUCUCUCAGGGCCAUGUUUGCCACAAGGUGUGAUGAGUACGUUACCCAGCUGGAUGAGAUGCAGAGGCAGCUGGCAGCAGCAGAGGAUGAGAAAAAGACGUUGAACUCCCUCCUUCGUAUGGCCAUCCAGCAGAAACUGGCCUUGACCCAACGCCUGGAGGAUCUGGAGUUUGACCAUGAGCAGACCCACCGUGGCCGUGGCGCUAAAGUGCCCAAGAUUAAAAGCAGCCCGCCCAAAUUUCUUGUAGAUUGUCAGCAGCCUGCUGCCUCAGUACCGUCACUCUCCCCACAACUAAGGCGAGGGAGAGCCUCCCUAGCCCGCAGUGCUAAAUUUUUGGCAGACCUCCAGGAACACCACACACUCCUGUCCAGCGGCAGCAGCCUUCUCUCCCCCUGCGACCCUCGUAACUGUCUGGCCCAGCAACCCCACCCCCCCGGCACCUAACCCAGCUGCUCCAGCCCAGGCCCUGGCCUCGGUCGAGUAGGCAGGAGUCAUGCAGAGACAUAGACACUGUAGACGGGGAUUCCCUCAGAUGAACUCCCCCAAACCUAGCAGUCAAACCUGGUGCUUACUGGACUCUGUGACAUCCCCCCCCCACCCUGGGGCGCAACAUGGACCGGCCCUCGGCGGGACCUCCUGGUUACCUGGGUCGCAGAUGAAGACGAAGACUCUCUUCUUCUCUGGAAAGGACUGAACUGAGGUGCAAAAUUCCAGAGUGACAAAUGACUUUUCCCUCAUUCGUAUUAGUAUUUAUUUCUAAUUUAUUUACUCUAUCAAUUGUUUAUUUACAUAUUGAGUUUCUGAGAUAUUUAUUACUGGAAUGUUUUUUUCUGUGUUUGUUGGUCCUUCUUCAGGAUCACGAUAUCAUGACGUGUUUCACUGCUGUGGUGAAAACAACCAAAAGCAGAACUUUGUCAAUGCGAAAGUUCUUUUUGACCUAGUGAACUGGUUUAAAACUUGCCUAACCAUAAUAUACGGCAUUUAAAAUGUUAGAUUUUGUCAGUAUAAUAACUGAAAAAUAUGUAUGCCAUUUUUACAUAGGAGUGUUAGAGAACAUUGGGUUGGACAUUGCAAACAGACUAAUGAAGGUAAACAUUUUAUCGUUUUAGGACAAAAAAAUUGUUUUUUUGGUGGUGAUGGGUGGAUUUGAGCUACCUUUCUAACGUCACUAGUCUUUCUUGGGAUGCUUGUGUUUUUUUUAUACAGAGAUUGUUUUGCAAAUCAUGUGCAUAAAAACAAUUUUAUACCUCCUAUCAUUUUUAUUUAUUUUUACAGCAGACUCUAGUGACAUGGUUGUGUCUGUUAUGUAGCUCAGAUCGGAUAGACGAGAGGCUGAGCGUGUGAGAUCAGGACUAGGGCUGUUGGCCUGGAUUUUUGCCUUUUGAAUUGCACAGGUUUAAGUGAUCAUGGAGUGAACUGACCACCUUCUUUUAAACUUUAGUUAUGAAAUGUAAAUUCCCCAAAGGUGUGCCUCUUCUAGAGCUACCAUCUCUGUCAUGUCAACAUCAUAUUCUUACCAUAAAGUAUUCAUUGUCUUCUCUGUAGUGGUCACAACCCCAGAUCACCCUUAGUUCCUCCUACAAUGACAGUGUCAAUCAAAUUGACAUUUCAAGUAUCCCAAGCUACACUUGUCUGUCAUCGUAACAUCUCCAUGUUUAGCUGUCUCCACAUGCUUCCUCCAAACAGUAUGCAGUACUGACCAAGCACAAUUAUGCACUAUGCAUUAUAGCAAUACAGUAGCACCGGUCGUAGACUGAUACCUAAAUCUUUCAGUCAUUUGUGUCGCCAUGAACUAACCAGCAGGCUGACAAAAAAGGCAGGACAGCAGGGGUGUCCACAACUUUCUCAAAACAAAAUACAAAAUAUAGGGAGACAAGUUACAGCACUGCUGUCAAUUUCCUUUGACACAAUCGAGAUAUUGUAUUGAUCACAAGAGGAAUGAGGCAAAGUCUGACUGAGAUGGAUGUAAUGUGUGACGUUUGUUGCAUAAUUGAAGUCCCAUCUCUUUGUCUCAUAAAGUGUUUAAUGUUAAUUUUCUGCUCACUGCACUGAAUACUUUUGCCAGAUUGAUAUGAAACGGAUAGGCUGAGACUACAUAGCCAGUAUAGUGUUGUAAUGAUGGAUAAAAACAUUUCUGUUACAGCAGCGAUAAAUGUGUGGACUCUUUUUGUUCUCUGUGUAAAUUUGUUUGAUUUGUCUUUGUUAACAGUGUAGAUUGUUACCUUUGCAUCCACAGAGUGAUUAAAAUAUUUGUGGUCCAGAAGUAACUUCUGACCCCACGCAGGCUCAUUGGUGACCUAACUCUCUUGGUUUGUUUGCACAAUAUAGCAUAAGUGGAUGGAGAGAGACUAAUCCAAUUAAAAUGAAAACAACCUGGUUUAUAAAGAACGAUAGCUGUAUGCUGUACUUCAGUGUGUUUCACAGUUUCUCCUCCAUUUAAAACAGUGUUUCAUUGGUUUCACAAGUAAAUAAAAGACCUGUCCGUAGAUUUG